AUGAGAAGGACUUUGGUCAAGCUUCUAUGCAAAGUAAUUUCCCCAAAUCGCAACAUUUCCAAUUUACAUAGCACACACUCUAAAGGAGUUGUCGUUGUUAUGGGCAUUGAAACCAGUUGUGAUGAUACGGCGGUAUGUAUUCUGAACAGUAAUAGAAGGAUUCUCAGUUCUCGUCGUUAUGCGAAUCGCGAGAUACAGAAACGACUUGGAGGGAUCUGCCCAGCUGUAGCGGCUGACCAGCAUCGUUCAUACAUCGAUUUAUUUGUUGACGAGUGCUUAAAUGAAAGUCGUAUACGACUUUGUAAUUUGAAUGGUAUAGCAGUGACGACGGGACCUGGUUUAAUCAUUUCUCUUCGAGUUGGUGCUGAAAAAGCUGUCUCUUUGGCAAGGAAAGGCUGUAUACCGCUUAUACCAGUUCAUCACAUGCAAGCUCAUGCAACAAUUGCUACUUUGAUGAAACCAGUACCGUAUCCUUAUGUCUCUGUUCUUAUUUCGGGUGGACAUUCAAUAAUAGCUGUAACUAACGGACCAGAUGACUUUGAAGUUUUGCUGACCAGUACAUCUGGUAGCCCUGGCGAAUGCAUGGAUAAAAUUAGUCGAGCGCUUGAUUUUGAGGAACCAGAGCUGCAUGAUUUACAUCCAGGAGCUGCUCUGGAAGUGAUGGCAUCAAGAUCAUCUGUGGAUGGCUUCAAACGGUACUCAAUCGAUAUAGACAAAUUUGCAAAAAUGGCUUUGCAUUUCAAUUUUUCAUGGAUCAAGGCUACAUACUUAGUUAUGAUUUCAGGGCAACGCACUCUCAAUGUUCCUGAUUUUUGUGCAAGCGUUCAGCAUUCCAUCGCAAAAUAUUUGGUCAAGAAACUAAAUUGUUGUUUACAAUAUUUGAACGAUUUCGACAAGAUUCCACCCCGUAAUCGGUUGGUUUUUAUUUCUGGUGGUGUUGCUUCGAACAAGUAUAUAUUAGCCAAACUUGAUGAUGUUUGUGGAUCCCUUGGUUAUAGUCUCUGUGCUCCUUCAAAAUUCUAUUGUUGCGACAAUGCAGAAAUGAUAGCGUGGAAUGGUUUGCAGCUGUUAGCGAAAGGGGCACCUUCCAUUGUACCACCUGAAAAAAUACCUGCAAGUAUUUUUGUUUCAUCGCGGCCUCCUAUUGGCGUCGAUAUUUCUUCAAACCUUCGGAAAUAUUUGGGCAUGCCUUGUGAAACAUCAAUGGAAACAGCAGAGAAUAUUUCACAUAAGUCAUAA